UCUGAAAUUAUUUAUAGCUCUUUGUAUUGAUUCCUAUCAGUGUUGGAGAUAAGUAUCGUACAAUUCUACAUAUCUCUUAAAUAUGAAGUUUGAUACAAUAGUGGCAACAUAUUGUUCAGUUGGCAUAGUUUACAUCUACAGCCUGGUCCCUAACAAUGGCGUGUAUGGGCAGGAUCUUUCCGAGAAUCUGCAGCUUUUUUCCGGGUUGGAUGCUGUCCUCAACUAUUUCCGGAACAGCUCGAACCCACUGGCUCAGAAAAUCCUUCACACCUUCGAGUCAGAUUGCAUCUACAUGACUCCACCUCCAAUUCCUGACACGACUGAUACGAGAAGGAAAGCAUUCAUCGUCAUCGAGGGUAACCAUAGGCCCAGUCGAGACGCCCUGGGCAUGAAGCUGACGAAGAUGCUAGAAGGUCGCUAUUUGAAUAACCCUGCUCCUUGCCUGAUCAGAUACCUCCAAGAGCUGCUUCCUAACAGUGUCCUGCGCCGAGCCUACUAUGUCCUGUCACUGUAUGCCUCUGACUUCAACACGCGCGUACAGCUCAGCACAGGACGCUCCGUUGUGUUAAACGGCUGCUGGCUGGACCAGUUGACAUUUUCCCUCCUGAAGACGUACGGCCAAACUCCACUGCCCAGUGUCUCAUCUCAGAUGUUCUCUUGGCCUACCGAUUUACUGCAGCCGGACCUCAUAUUCUUUCUCAGCAUGCCUGACAACACUCAGAAUAGGGCUUCACUUGGUUGGCGGAGACCUCAAACGUGGCAAAACAGGUCAGUGGAGCUGUACCGACAACUGGAGAGCAGGUACCCCAUAGACAUCCAACACCACAAGGUCAGACCCGAUGUCCUCUACAACCAAGUCAUCAAAAAACUAGGUCCCAUACGAGAUGUAAUUAGAGAAAAAACCAUGGAAGAUACUCAAGAGGCGAUGUUUCUGUUUAGUGGGUUUCAGAGAGUAGUUGAAUAUUUUAAAAACAAUUCAAAUCCCCUCGCUAAAAGGAUAAUAGAGACGUUCGAAAAGGACUGUUACCCAAAUAAAACUCUCCAUAUGCCGAUGGACAAGACGAGGCGACCCUUCAUUGUGAUAGAGGGGAAUGGCCAUACCAGUAGGGAUCUGGUCGGGAAGAACCUGGCCAGGAAGAUGAACGCCAGAUACAUGCUCCACCCAGCCUCCUGUAUGGUGCAGUAUCUUGACGUCAUACCCAAAGGCACAUUACUGCGGAGGGCUUACUACGUGCUGUCGCUCUACGCGAUGUCGUUCAAUGUCAAGGCACAUCUCAGCACUAACCGGACGGUCAUUCUUAACGGAUAUUGGCUUGACCAGCUGACGUUCUCUCUGAUACAAACUUACUCCAACACUCAGUUCCCUGCCGCCUCCUCAGAUGUCUACAGUUUUCCAGAGGAACUCCUGCCUCCGGAUUUGAUCAUUUACUUACAUCUAGAUGAUGACUUGCGCUCCAUACGCCCCAACGUUAACAACUCCUCGCCUAACUGGUAUACACGAGCCCUGAAUCUGUACGAGUCAUUGAAAACAAGAUACCCCAUAGUAGUCGAGAAACUGUAUGGAGAUGACAGAGUUACUACAGAGGUGGUCUUCAAGCACAUAAAAGACAAGCUGUCAUCUACUAGGAGCAUAUUUGUGCAAGAUUACGAAGAAGUUUCGCAAGUAUUGAAACUCUUUACCAGCUUAGAAGAUGUUCUUAGUUAUUUUAGGACCAACACAAAUCCACUAGCAAGAGAAAUCCUGUCCACGUUUGAGCAACACUGCAUUUCCAAACCGGAUCCUUUACCGGAGUCGAGGAAACCUUUUAUCAUCAUCGAAGGAAACAACAAGACAAGCCGGGACAUCAUAAGCACGAGAUUGUCUCGAGAAAUCGACGCUUUGUACAUGAAACACCCUGCACCGUGUCUCAGACCUCUCACUGACUCGCUACCGAGAGGUUCCGUCCUCCGCAGAGCGUUCUACAUCCUCUCCUUGUACGCCACCGCGCUGGAGGUCCAGCAGAACCUCGCCAACAGCCCUGUUCUGCUCAACGGAUACUGGCUGGACCAGUUGACAUUUGCGUUGAUCCAAUCGUUCCCGUACGGCCGACUACCCGUCGUGACCUCCCCAGUGUUCAGUUGGCCUGUCGGACUCCUGGCCCCUGACGUCAUCAUCUACAUUAACCACCCGGACCAGCUCUACCACUCGUCCCCUCUUGCCAGGAGCCACAAGAACUGGAAGCCCAGGGCUCUGGACUUGUACCGGAAUCUCCAGACAGUAUACAAUAUAAAGCUACUGGACCUAAAUGCCGACUACUGGAGAACAACAGAUGAGAUAUACCAAUACAUCAGACAGAACCAUUACUUAUAAAGCAUUCCCAUACGAUUCGGAGAUUAAUUUAUGACAUGAAUAAAACAUUAAAAUACGUAAACAAAUUUAAUAUUUUCUGUGAAAGUGAUUAGGACAAAAAUUUUUUAUAUUAUAAAGUGUAUUUUAUAUUACAUAGAAUUGUAGUAACCGGAACUAUAAACUUCAUACACUAUUCUGAAAAUAAUUUUUGAGUUCAGCAUUGUUCUAUAAUAUAUACGUAUAAUGUAGUAAUUCGGUUUGCUUUAUAAAUAAUUACGAGGAAAGAGCUUUACUUUCUCAGUCGUGAUAACUUUGGUAACUUACUUGUUAUUUUUUACAUGAAAUAAUUGACAUGACAUGAAAUAAUUUUAAUUUUAAUGAAGAUUUGCAGUAAUACUGAUUGCCUAAAUUAAAGACAACAUAACAGACAUAACAUAAUAGACUGGCAACUUAAACCCCCUCCUUCACCAUACGCUAGUUUUUGUCAGAGAAAUACCAUGUAAAUGAUGUACAGUAAUAAUAUUUAAAUAAACAUAUUUGUAUCAGGGUUUACCAAUAAAUAAAUGUAUAAAUGGUUG